AUGGGUGGUUUUGACGAUCAUGGUGGGAUAAUUGGCGAUUGGAUGCCUCCGAGCCCUAGCCCUAGGUCUUUUUUUGCAGCUGUGUUGGGGGAUGAUCCUGGUUCAAGAUCAGUACCCGACCCUCCAAAAAACGAUACCAAUAAAGACACCGGGUUCACUUUCCCUGGACCAAAUCCGCAAAUCGGGUCUGAAAAUGGCGAUGUGACAAAAUCAAGUGAGUUUGGUGAUCAAAAAACGAGCUCAAGGGCACCUAUUGUUGAAAGAAUGGCAGCUAGAGCUGGUCAUAAUGCUCCUAGGUUGAAUACAGAGAUUAUAAAAUCUUCUGAUAAUUCACAAACUCAACAAUCUCCGUAUUUAUUUUCACCUGGUGUUAGCCCAACUUCUUUUCUGGAAUCACCUAUUUUCCUUUCCAACUCAUUGGUUCAACCAUCUCCAACUACUGGAAAGUUCCAAUUUGUUCCAAAUGGUAAUGGUAGAAGCUCCAUGAUGUUCUUGGAUUCCUCUAAUAGGGUUAAAGAAAAUUUCUUUGAGGACACUAAUAACACUUGUUUUGCCUUUAAGCCUCACCAUCUACAAUGA